UCGAGUGCUCGCACUUGAUUCAACUAUUUAUAGAUAUAUAUAUUAUACAUUAUUCAAGUUUAUUAUAAUUACUUUUGUUAACAAAAUAUGAAAAUUAAAAUAUCAAUUUGCAUACUGCUAACAUGUACUCUAAUAGCUAUUUGUUUAGCUCAAAAUAAAAUGGUUGUGAUAGUACCACGUCAAGUACGUCGUGCAGCAGGAUCACCAUGGCGUCAAUUUUCCCGCCAUUCCCAAUUAGUCGACAAUGAAAUUUUACAGUCAGCAUUAAUGCGUGGUCAUCCUAAUCCUACAGCUUAUUUACAACCCCCAUAUAAUUUUGUUAACACUAAAACUCCUUUCCGUUUGAACAAAGACGGUAUACCAUCUCCAUCACCACCACCACCAUUAUUACAACAGCAACAACAAUAUACCAGCGUUGAUGACAAUUUAAAUAAUCACGAACAAGUUAAUCAUAUAUUGGUACCACAUGGCAAAAGAAUAACUCAUGGUGUAUCAUUUGGUAAAGGUUAUAUACCUCAUGAAUCAUCAAUGUAUCAUCAAACUAAUAGUUUUUUAUCGUCACAAGAUAAUCAUGUAGCACAAUCAGCAACGCAAUUGACAACUCAAAACCAUAAUGGAUAUUUUCAUAAUAAUAAUAAUAAUAAUCAUGAUGAUUCAAUAAAUGAAAAAACUAUCGAUGAAAUACAAUUAUUAAUUUUAAAAGCAAAACAACUUGGACUACUUGCUAAUGAUAAUUAUUAUGGUAACAAUGAAAAAUCAUCAAUAAAACGUGGUACCCAUGAAUCUAUUUUAAAUAAUAAUAAUAAAGGAUUUAUUAUACAUGAUACACUUGUCUUUGAUGAUUAUAAUAAAAAAAUAACAGAGUUGGCGAAAAAUUGGCCCAGACUUUUAACUUUAUCAGGAUUUAAUUUAAAUAACAAUAAUUAUGACAACAACUAUAAAAAUUUAGGAAGAAUAAAUGUAGCAGAAUUAUCUCAACAUUUAACAGGACACAAUAUUAAUUUCGAUAAUCAUGAAUCGGUUAAUUCUUAUAUAAACCAUAGUCCUUCAGGAUAUGCAGUAAAAGAACAAGUUGAAGAUAUUCCUCAAGAUAAUACUCAUCGUUACAAACCAAUUGUUAAAACGACCCCAAAUCAAAAUUCUGUUGCUACAGCAGCCGCUAUUAUUGCUACUGGCGCACAAGUUGUACCACAUAUUGGACAUCAAAAUUCAAAUUUAACUCCUGAUUAUUUUUCAUUACACUCACCCUCUACCAUUUAUAAUGAAUAA